CGCAUUCCUGCUGUCAGGGUGUUGGCCCUUUGUCGCUUUUCUCGGGCCUUUUCUCAUCGCACCUGUGCUGCAUAACUCCUGUUCGCAGGAAGCCGCAGGGGAGAGGAUUUGGCUUGCUAACCGGUGGCAUGAAUCUCGAGGCGCGAGGAGCUUGCACCGCUUCGUUAGACAUCACCACCACCAGCAGCAAGAAUAAUGACAGCAGCAGCCACAGCAGCACUAGCGGCACCCGGCCCACCGCCUCUGCAGCUCCUCCUACUCAGCAAAUGACGGACUUUGUGGAGGUCGCUCUGACGCCCGAGGAGCUGCCGCCGGGGCCGCUGCGGGAGGCGCUCAAGCGCACGCUGGCGAUCAGCGCCGGCACACUGCCCCUGCGUGACAUGCGGCGACUGCUGCAGGAGCACUACGCGCGUUACGCGGUGUACGAGACCAACCUGCUGUGGUGCCCGCACAGCACAGCGCUGGCGGCGUGGCUGGGCGCGGCGCACGUGCUGCUGAUGCCGUACGUGGAGGGAAUACGGUGUCACCGUGUCGUGUUGCGGCGGGUGGCCGCCGCGGCACCUGAGGCCGCCGCCUCCGCCGCAGAGUCCUACCCGCCGCCGGCCGCCGCGGCGGAGGCCGCGACUGCCGAGCACCCGCCCAGCGCCGCUGCUGCGGCGAGCACAGCCAUCAAGGGAGCCGCGCAGACGCUGCGGCAGCGGCGCCGCGAGGGGCGGGAGGGGGAGCGGGGGGAUGUGCCGUACCGCACUGUGGGGGCCCCGCAGCACAGGGAGGUGCAAUUGCAGAUGCAGUUGGAUGUCGCGUUCAGCUGGCGCCCGCUGGCGCCGCUGCACACGCUGCUGGCGGGCUGGACGGGCGGACUGGCCGGCAGUAGCACCCGCAGCGCCACCGGCAGUAGCAGCGCGCUGCGGCCCAGUAGCGGUGGUGGCUUCACGCUACUGCCGCUGUUCACCACGGAGCACACCAUCACCCUGUCCAUUAAUGCCCACGACAGGGUGGUGGCGCACCGCGACAUCACCCACAACUUUCCGCUGGCCCCGCGCGCCGCCAAGGGGCUGCUGGGGCUGCCCACACCGCUGGUUGCCACGCUGCUGCACGUGUAGCACCUAUCCAUAUGGGGUAGCAGGUGUCGGCCAGCCACUGGCCUGUGGUGCGGGGCGAAGCGCAUGGAAGUCAGUGGCGGGGCCAACAAAGACAGCGGCAAAGGAUGUCCUUCGUGCAGGGGAGUACUCGGUAACUAGAUGCAGAUGUUGGUUUCAGCUGAGGAUGCCGAUGUUUGCUUGGGUUGAAGUGCAUUCAGGUCUUCUAGCCAUCGGUGCGCUAACUGCAUGCGUUGAUUGCAUACUGUGAAAUUUGAUGUCAGACUGGUGGGGUGUGGCCGGUAGCGAGCUGCCGUCAAUGCCCCGCCCGUCAGCUGUCGAAGUUCCACCGUUCUUGGCGGGGGCAUGCGCGUGCCUGGAAUCCAUGGGUUGUAAACCCUAGGCUGG